AGGAGACCCAGUCCUUAAAGCGUUCAAAGUGGCCAAGUUAUUUGUUACUCAUAUGCAUGGUUUGUUUCAUCGGAUUCAUGGAAUUCUUGUCUUUACUCCGGUGCCCUUCUAGCCGACCAUACAAUGGGAAUAAUCACUUUCCUUAGACAUGUCCUCCACCCGCCACUGAUAGCUCCCGCUGGCGACCCCCCUUCCCCAGACGGUCCUCCGCAGAUCGAGCUUUACGGUCCAGCUGGCCUCCGUACAUUUGUUCGCUCAAUCUUUACUAUGACCCUCACCCACACAGGAGAGCGCUACGUAGUCCAUGAACUACUGACAUCAUCCGACACACCCACCUCAUGCGACCCUGUCGUGCUUCAUCCGAGCGAGUGCCCUGGUCAGAAUUUUCUUUGUGAUGACGAUGGGUUUUGGAAAGGUGUCACAAGUGGUACAGGUUAUUACGGUGAAGUUGUAGUUGAUGCAGGACCGAUACUACAUCGGGACCCUUGCAUAGGUUAUGUCUUCCAUGAGCCCAACCCUCCAUGUCGCAAACUUGUCAUUCUGGGUGAUACAUAUGAUGCAUCGCCAAUCAUCCCGCUCAUACAGCCUUCUGCAACUAUGCCUGUAUCACUCCUCAUUCAUGAAGCGACAGAUGCGUACAUCUCUCGCCAAAUUGACCCAUCAGCACGACGAACCAAAGACGAAGUGGAUAAUAAGGUUGCGGCAAGGGGUCACUCCACUCCGGUAAUGGCAGGCACAUUUGCGAAACAGAUUGGAGCUCAAAAAGUUGUUCUGAAUCAUAUUGGCAGUCGAUUUCCAGCUCCUAAACAACUCAAAAAUCCUCACGACUCCCGUUUCGCCGUCAUCGCCGAAAUUGAACGACAAGCGAGCGAAGCGUGGGGAGGUGGCAAAGUCGUCGUCGCAUACGACUUUAUGCGUAUAUCCAUUGCUGCUGAUCUGAUUGAGGAAGAAUUUUCAGAUGUGGCAAUGGAGCUGGAGGAUGAGGUAGUAUUACUAGAAGGAGUGAUUGAGGUGGGUGAGAGGACGAGAGGACGAGGGCGUGGGAGAGGAAGGGGAAGAGGGACACCGAGAGGAAUGAGCCGUGGAAGAUGGAGAGGUCAAUGGAGAGGACGGGCCAGAGGUGGCGGCGAUGGGGAUAGAGGUGGUUUCGGAAGAGAUGGCAGUGAUAGUGGUCUCGGCAGAGGCACAAAACGCAGGUUUGGAGAAUAGGCUUUCCACUUUGUUGUAAUUCUGUCAAAAGGGGGAAAGUCUUGCGGACUUCACUAUCAGACGUGGAACUAAGUUU